CGUGACUUGUUUAUUUGCUUUUGUGUUUAUUUUCGACUUUUUUUAAUUUGUUUUCGUUAUUAUGUUUCGUUAUUUACUUGGAGUUAGGCAUCGCAAUUUGGACCUGGUGCGGGGAAGAGUAUUGACGUCGUGAGGAGUACGAUCUACUGAAUCAGUCCGUUGACCGCCUGCGCUCCAUACGGUUAUCGCUUGACAGGAUGUCCCCCUUAGAGGUACAGUGGCCGGAAAACAUGAUAUCCAUGUGGGAGCAGUUUCCGAUGGUUGCCCGCCUAUGGACGGCGGAGCUGCAGCGGCCGCCAAGUGGGGUGACUGCCAUGUGUGACCAGCACUACAUGGAAUGGUACAUCCGGCACUCGCACCCGAGGUUGAUCAAAGACAUCGACGACGCAGAUGAUGACGAUGUGCCACCUGCCACUGCCUCUUAUGCGUGGAUGGGCAAGAUUAUGCAGUUGGGACACCGACUUUUUGAGGAAAGGGACUGCAUGACGAGUGCAUCAGGCAGAGCUGUUAUUGACGAUCUGGAACGGACCCUUGAGCAGUGGCAGUGGGCGUCACAGAGGGAUUACUGAUAUUUGAAAUUAGACAUUAUCUUUUUAGUUUGUAAUAUUUGAA